AAUUAGUAUAAGAGCAACAUAAAUUAUAGCGAUUUGAACUGUCGACAACUUCAAUAACUUACCCAUAUCCUAUCCAACCAUCCGACUAUUCUACCUUGUAUCAUAUCUAAUUCCCGCAACUAAUAAAGAUGAAGGCUAUCUUUGCCAUUUUCGGUGUUCUGGUUGGUGUAACUUGGGCUAGUCCUCUACUCACACCGCUGAAGGGUUACACUAUCGUACCUAUGACUUGGCUUGGUAUCAAUACCACCGAUGGCUUAGAGAUUGCGGUUAGCGGCACUAUUCAGGAGAUCCAAAGCCAGGUUCAAUCCAUGAACGAUUCGAUCGUAUGGAAAAUGUCUUCAACUCAACAAUCGAUCAAGCCUCGAAGCAAGAAGAAUAUCGUCUGUAACUCCGGCGGAGAUGGUGGUGCCGACAACGUUUUCGUGCAGCAAGGAAUUGAUUAUCUUAAAUCAAUCAAGAAUGGACCUUGCGGCGCUCCACCUGGCCCGAACAAAUGCAGUCGCAUUAGCUGUUCUUACGGAGCUGGGAUCUUUCUUUGCAACGACACCCCGAAAGAGAUUCACCACGAUUGCCCAGACUUGGCAACCUAUGCCGAGGAUAUUCGUAGUAACUGUCAUACCGAAGGAGUUGUAACGUAUGUUCGGGGUCAACAAUUUGAUACCGAAGGUUUUAGUGUUGUUGUGGGACACGACCAAUGCUAGAUGGCCGAAAAUGA